UAAAAGCAUAACUUCUCCAUAAAAAUGAAAGACUUCAAUGAACAAAUAAUAGUAAGAAAGAAAGGAAAAAAGAAACGAAAGCCAUGGCCAAAACACGUACCUUUUCUUUUUCCAAUUCCCUGCUUCAAACUCUACUUGUCUUCUUCGUAAUCACUCCUAUAAUCACUGCUAUUCCAGAUUGUAUUAAUCCAAGUAAUGCCCUCUCUACACAAUCUUCAUCUCCAUGGACUUCACCAUCCAAAGAUUUUGCCUUCGGUUUCCAAUUUGUUCAAUUCAAGGAUCCACGCUAUGUCCCUCUGCUCUCCAUCUACUUCACCAAAUCACCCAACAACACCAUUGUUUGGUACGCGAAACCCAACCAGGAAAUCCCGGUUGGGUCCUCUAUCAAUAUCACAAACAAUGGUCUCGUCAUAUAUAACCCCAAAGGAAGUGAAAUUUGGUCCCGUCCAGAAAAGAAGGACAAAAGGGUAACUUGUGCUUCUAUGAAAGAUAAUGGAAACUUUGUUCUUAAAGACAAAGACGGUAAUAUAGUUUGGGAGAGUUUUGAAGAACCAAGCGACACGCUUCUCCCCGGUCAGAAUUUUUCCAAGUCUCAACCAUUCAAUUUGCAAGCUCGUCAAUCGGAAACAAAUUUCUCAACUAGCAAUAACUUCAAUCUCAGCUGGCAAGACGAUGGCAAUUUGGUACUUUACUAUUCUCAAAAUCACCAAGAACAUGAACAGGCGCAGAAUUAUGCAUACUGGGCAACCGGAACUGACGGUCGCGGAUCGCGUUUAUUCUUCGAUGAGUUCGGACGGAUUUACGUUACGGAUGAUAAUAACACGGAGCUGUUCCAAGUAACAAACGGGACCCCAGGUUCAACUCAAUAUUUUUACAUGGCGAGAAUUGAAUCUGAUGGAGUCUUCAGGCUGUACGAUUAA